AUGGCCACCACCAGCAAGAGAAUGAAGAACGAAUUUCUGUGCAUUUUACCCGACAAGCCCAACGUUCUAGAAUUGCGAAAGAAGGUCAAAGGUGGUCACUAUGAAGGCAUUCAGCCCUUGAUUGCAGAUGGUAAACUUGUGGAUGGAGGCGCUAUCUUCGAGCAGCACCCCGAAGAAGGAAAAGAUGCAAAGUUCUUGGGGAGUGUGGUCGUGUACAGGGGCGAAAACAUCGAUGAAGUCCGAGAAAUUAUAAACAAAGACAUCUACGCCACAAGUGGUGUGUGGGAUCUUGAAAAUGUCAAGAUUUACCCUUAUGUUCCUGCGGUUAGACAGCCAAUCUAA